AUGCAGGCAUUCUACAGACUAACAAAUCCAGAUGGUCCUGACGGGCUAAGUGUAAUACAAGCCUUAGUUAUGAAAGGUGAUUUGUCCACGACGGAAACGAUUCUGAGGUUUAGCCCGAGCAGCCUUGAUAUUUCCAUAGCACUUCUUACGGCAGGUACAGCGGACUUCCUCAUAUCUCGCAUGCUCGCAUACGUUAAUUUAUCCCCGGUGGCCUGUUCUCCUGACAAACUUCCUACAGAGGAAAAUUCCAGUAGUGAUGCUGUAUUGCACAUUUUGAACAAAACCGUGAAAAAGUUCCAAAAUAUAUCUCUUUUACGCGAAGUUGUCAGCAAAGGAAGUCUGAGCCAGUUACAAAAAGUCCUUGCUGGAUGUAAAAAAUUCAAAGAGGACAGGAAAAGUUGUCUCGAGAAAACAGACCAGCGAGGCAGGACACUUCUUAUGUCGGCAUGUGCGUCUGGUAAGUCCGAGGUUGUGGAGUUUCUCCUUGCUAAUGGAGCAAGAGUGGACGCCAGAGACAACAAACAAAGGACAGCUCUGCACUUUUCGGUUGCUAACAACUCUCUUGAUGUGGUGAUGCUCCUGGUUCGAUCGGGUGCUCGGAUUUACGACGAAGACGACGGUGGACUUAUGUCACUUCAUUACGCUUCUCAAAAUGGCCGAAAUAAAAUCGUCUUUUUUCUCAUCGAACAUGGAUGCGAUGUGAAUCAUCCCACAGGUGACACCUAUGAAGAUACGGAAAGAAGCCUAACAGGCUCCACAGCCCUACAUUUCGCAGCGCAAAAUGGACACAACGAGACGAUACUUCUCCUACUAAGAAAGGGUGCUAAGGUUGAUAGCGUUAAUUUGAAUGGUCAAACCCCACUUAUGUUGGCAGCUAAACGCGGUCAUGUGACUACUGUGGAACUACUUCUGCGUAGAGGAGCUGAUAUUAAUGCCAGCGAUGUCUAUCAAAACACCGUCCUGGAAAUCGCAGUCCUAGCUAAGACAUUGUGUGUGGCUAAGCUGCUAAUUCAACGUGGAAUCAAUACAGAUGGU